UAUCAUGACUGAUGACAGGUGUCAGGCUGAACCACCUACAUUUUACAAAAUAUGUUUUUGUGAAUUGACUAAUAUUGAAUUGUUUUCAUGAAACAUAGUUCACGAUGUCGGCUGGAACGUAUUAUUUUGUAAUAGUUGGACAUUCUGACAAUCCAAUAUUCGAGAUGGAUUUUAUUCCAGUGACCAAAGAACCAAAGAAAGAAGAUAAUAGGCAUCUCAACCAGUUUAUAGCACACGCUGCUUUGGACCUAGUGGAUGAGCAUAUGUGGAAAGUGACCAACACAUAUUUGAAGUCAGUUGACAAGUUCAACCAAUGGUUUGUGUCAGCAUUUGUCACAGCUAGCCAGAUGAGAUUCAUAAUGGUCCAUGACGCUCGCAAUGAGGACAGCAUCAAGAACUUCUUUACAGAUGUUUACGAAGCUUACAUCAAGCUAAUGCUGAAUCCAUUCUACAAAGAAGACACACUUAUAACAUUGCCUGCCUUUGAGAAGAAAGUUCAGUUUUUAGGCAAAAAAUAUUUAACAUAGCGGUUUACUAAUUAUUAAGUUAAAGUUAAUUUAUCUUGCUGCUUAUAGUGGUGGCAUAUCGUAAUAUAUUAUUUCAAAUGUUUUUAUUUUUGUUUUGAUCAAAGUAUGGAGAUUCAGAAUUAUUAUUUUACUCAAGCUGUCGUGUUCAUAUGCCAUCUGACUGAAACAAGGCAAGCCCCAUUUCGCAGUUGGCCUGUUAAAUAAUUUGUCCUGUAAAAUAUUAGAAAGCAAAGUAUAACAGCUUGAGCAAAACUUGUUUCAUUUAUAAAAAGUAUGUUGCAAUUAUAAUUAAAAGGGAAUGUUCACAGAAUGUUGUAAUAAAUGGUGAGAAUGUAUGUGACUGUAUGCACAUAUUGUGUAAUUGUAAAAAAGUAAAUUGUAUAAUAAGUCCAAAAAUAAAAAGAUUUUUGUAUGAAAAUAAUAA